AUGGUUGAACUAGCGUGCACAGAAUUUAUUUGUUAUUCUAGGUCUAUUUGUAAGCCUGGCUGUGGUAUUCUAGCAGCAGAUGAAACCCCCCUAGCUAUGCAGGAUCGGUUCAAACAUCUUGGAAUAGAUAAUACAGAAGAAAAUAGACGAAGAUAUCGUCAGCUGUUGUUCAGCUGUCCUAAAGAUCAGCUGACUUCACUGUCAGCUGUUAUUUUACAAUCAGAGACACUUUACCAGAAAACUGAUGAUGGCCGACCAAUUAUUGAGGUUGUAAAAGAUCUCGGAAUUGUUCCUGGAAUUACUCUGGACAAGGGUUGGAUUAGUCUUGGUUCUGGAAAUAGCGAGGUUUUUACUCAAGGACUGGAUGGUUUGGAUAAAAGAUGUGAGGAGUAUGCUAGUUUGGGAUGCAAGUUUGCAAAAUGGAGGAUGGUGGUUAAUAUUGGAGACCAUAUCCCGACAUAUCAAGCAAUUCUGGAGGGUGCAAGAAGCACUGCAAUGUAUGCUAAAAUUGCCCAGAGAAAUGGCCUUGUUCCUAUCAUAGAACCUGAUAUUGGUAGAGGAGGAGAGCAUACCGCACAAAGAUGUCUUCAGGAACAUUUGUUGCGAGAAAUCAGUUUAUUUAACCCCUUUAAUCUAAUUCUUCGGAGCAAAAAAGAUAUUUUUGAGGACAUUUUUAUUUUAAAGGCUCUGGCAGAUUACCAUAUCUAUUUGGAGGGGACUCUUCUCAAGCCAAAUAUGGUAACUAGUGGCCUCAAAUGCCCUGAACAGGCUACUCCUGAGGAGGUUGCUGAGCUGACAAUGCAAGCUCUAACUAGGCAUGUUCCUCCAGCAGUACCAGGAAUUUUCUUUCUGUCUGGAGGACAAUCUGAGAAAAUGUCUACUGAUAAUCUAGAAGCCAUCAACAAACAGACUGGAUACUCCAGACCUUGGAUGACUUCGUUCUGCUUUGGACGGGCUCUUCAGGAUAGUUGCAGAGAGGCCUGGAUGGGGAAGGAUGAAAAUAUUAAGGCUGCACAGGAGAAAUUUCUAAUCAGAGUGUCAGAGAAUGGAAAAGCAGCAAAACUUUCUGAAUAAUAAUUUUCAGUUUAACUCUUAGAAAAUAGUUUUUGAAAUAUAUUUGAUAAACUAGGAAAA